UGCGUCGAGGAGAGAGACAUCACGAAGAACAAAUUAUUUUUUUUUCUGCGGAGAGGGAAACAAAAAUUGAAAAGAAGAAAAUAGCAGAAUUAGAAAUCUCAUAAACAAGAAAUUGAUCUUCUUAUUUCCCUGAGAAAUCGAUUUCGUCUUCGAUUCGAAGCGUUAAACAAAGAGGGGGUUUGGGUUGUUUGUUCAAUCUUCGUUCAAACCCUAGGAGAGAGAGAGAGAGAGAAUAAGCUAAUUUUAGAUUCGUGAUUGCCCAACAUCUGUGCCCUAGGCGUUGCUUUACGUUGAAAUUCAGCUCGCAUCUGAUCUUCUCGAGGAAUACUGAGAGCAUCUUAUGUGUGUGUGUUUCCAGUUAGUUAUCGAAUUUAUGGGACAACCAAGGUGCUGAUGCAUGGAUGGAUAUCUUCUAGUAAAUGCUGAGCUUGAUUCCAUGGGAGGAGUUAUUGAUAGUGGAGGUGGUAUUGCUCUCAAAACGUCUCCCCGCCGAACUGCAAUUGAGAAGGCUCAAGCCGAGCUUAGGCAAGAGUACGAUGUCCGUGAGGAAAGGAGGAGAGAACUAGAGUUUCUUGAGAAAGGAGGUAAUCCCUUGGAUUUUAAGUUUGGUAUUGCAACUUCACAUAGCGUCCAAUCUACAUCACUCACUGAUCAGCAAGCAGAGCAUUUUGUAAACAGUGGACUCAAGGAUAGUUUUGCCCUGGCUUCCUCACCACAUGGAGACUCUGUGGAGAGUAGUGGUAGACCCGCAGUUCCUACAGUUUCUGAACCCAAUACAGCGGAUAAUCUUUUACUCUUUGAUUCUGGAAAUAAGUCAGUUGAGGGAGAAAACAAUUUGAGAUAUCCUAACAGGCAACACAGAACGUCCGAGUCAGAACGGUCAUACAAAGCGAACACCAACCAAAAUAUCAAAGAAACAGAGGAUUCUGCUAUCUUUCGACCGUAUGCUCGUAGGAACAGAACAAAGAUAAAUCGGGAUCCAGCACGGUCAAGUUCCACGGAUUUAGUUCAGAAUCGUGGUGGUCUUGCAACGUCUAUCUCUGUCCGCAGAGGAUCAGUGGACGGAAAGGUUUGCAAUUCUGAAGCAGCCAAUCAAAAGGAUAGGCAAACAACCUCUGUAUCAUGUCCAGUAUUUGCAAAUUCAAAUAGAACUGUUGUUCCGAAAAAUGUAGCUCCCAGUAAUACGCUGAAUACUAAGGUGGAUGGUGGACCUGUUGUGCGAGAGAGUGCUGCUGGAUCGAAAACUAGUCUAGUAUUGAAGGAUGAAGCAGACAUUACAGUUAGAAAAAAGUCCGCAGGUUUGCAUCUUGAAGAGGCUGGGGAGAAGGCACAACUAGUUUUGACUAGUACACAGAUUGGUUCUCCCAAAGCUGCAACAAUAGCUGGCCAGGAAAAUAAUUCCACCCAAAUGGAUGAGCUAGGAGAUUCUACAGGAGAAAAAAAGAGUUUAACAGAUAGAGCAGCUGCAGGGACAGAGUCUUCUCAUGCUAACCACUUAGAAGUAGAUGUAGAUACUGAAAGAGAUCUUUAUAGAGCGGACAAACUCGACUCAGAUGAAAUCUCUAUGCCGAAGGCUUCAAGAGUAGAGGGGCUACUGAAUCAAACAGUUGGUGAACUGAAGAUUGAGGAUGAGACAGGUCGAUCUACCACCAUAAUUAGUGAGUGCAGUCCUGCGCGUGAAAUUCUGAUGAAUUCAGUUAAAGUUGAAAAUGAAAACUACAGAAGUGUGGCUGAGCUACAAAAUGAAGAGGAAUGUUCUGACACUGAGAAAAAGCUUCAACAUGGGUUGGUUGUACCUGAAAAUGAUAAGAAAGUUAGUAGUGUUUUGGCUGACGAUCCUAGUAGCUUUGUGCACCCUGGAAAACCUCAGGCAUCUGUAGACGCAAGUUCAUGCAUGGUUGGCGAUAAUGUAUUGUCAGGAACUGACGUUGAAGCAUUAAAACAUCAGCCUAGCUCAGAUGAUGGCUCAAAAGUGUUAGAUACUGUGAAGGAAGACUCUCUCCUUGAGGAGGCACGAAUUAUACAGGCGAAGCGAAAAAGAAUUGCCGAGUUAUCCUGUGGUACCGCACCUGUGGAGGUCCGUGAGAAAUGUCAAUGGGAUUUUGUCCUUGAAGAAAUGGCAUGGCUGGCAAAUGAUUUUGCUCAGGAGCGGCUUUGGAAGAUGACUGCUGCUGCACAAAUUUGCCAUCGGGUUGCUUUGACUUCCCAGUUGAGAUUUGAGGAAAAAAAUCAGCACAGAAAGCUGAGAAAUAUAGCUUCAAUCCUAUCUAGUGCGAUAUUGAAAUUCUGGAGUUCUGUGGAGGUUCCUGGGGAGCUGGAGGAGACAGGCUUGGGAAUUGAUAAGGAGACCUGCCAAGAAUCUAAUUGUGAGAGUGGCAGAAAAUGUUUAGCCGUGGGUGUCAGGGAGUAUGCACGUAGAUUUUUGAAGUAUAACAAUUCUUCUAUCCCUGAUCAUUCAGCUGCACCAUCAACACCCGACUAUAUGUGCGACCCAGAAAUAUUGGAUACAGCUCUGGUUGAUCAGCUAUCGGAAGAAAGCCUAUUUUAUUCAGUUCCAGCUGGUGCAAUGAAGGUGUACCAAAUAUCCAUUGAGACCCAUCUCGCACGCUGUGAGAAGUUUGGAAAUAGCAUGAAGGAGGAGGUUGAUACAUCAGCCUAUGAUGCUGUUGGAGAUUCAGAUUACGAUGUUACUGCAUUUGAUGAGGAUGAAGUAGAAACGAGUACCUAUUAUCUCCCUGGAGCUUUGGAAUGCAGCAAAUCAUUUAAGUUGAGCCACAAAAAAAGGAAGAAUUUGAUGAAGUCGCAUUCUGCCCGGUCAUAUGAUCUUGGAGCUGAUUCACCGUACAUGAACUACACAGAUGGGUUUAACUCAUCGAAUUUGAUGGCGAAAAGGGCUGCUAAUAAUAUAAAUGUCGGCUCAGUUCCUACGAGGCGUGUGCGCACUGCUUCCAGGCCGAGGAUUGUGAGUUUACCAGUGCCCUCAAAGACAGAUGCAUCUAGUGGGGAUACUAGUUCUUUUCAUGAUGAGCAAAGUAGUUUGCAUGGUGGAUCGGCAGUUCAAAAAGGCACAGAGGUUGAAUCAAGUGGUAAUUUUGAGAAGCAGUUAUCCUAUGACAUGGCUGAAACUUCAGGGAAACCUAAAAAGAAGAAGAAGACUCAUCUGGGAUCUGCUUAUGACCAAACCUGGCAUCCCGAUUCAUCAGUCCAUGCUGAACAGAAGGACCACUGGAAGAAGCGAGUAGAGAAUCAUUUCGAUAUGAAUGGUAUAUAUGGUCCUCAUGCAAAGAAGCAAAAGACCACCAAGCAAUUGGUAGAGAAUAAUUUUGAUGGUGCUAUUGCUCUCACUGGAUCAAUUCCUUCUCCGGCAGCUUCCCAAAUGAGCAAUAUGUCCAACCCCAACAAAUCUAUCAAAUUUAUUGGAGGUCGUGAUAGGGCCAGAAAAAUAAAAGGCCUAAAGAUUUCUCCUGGCGAGCAUGGUUCUGGAACUACGUGGUCACUAUUUGAGGAUCAGGCGCUCGUUGUCCUGGUGCAUGACAUGGGCCCUAACUGGGAGCUCAUUAGUGAUGCAAUGAACAGCACUCUUAAAAUUAAGUGUAUAUAUCGUAAUCCGAGUGAAUGCAAGGAGCGGCAUAAAAUUCUGAUGGAUAAGACUGCGAGUGAUGGGGCUGAUAGUGCUGAAGACUCAGGGACUUCUCAGUCUUAUCCAUCCACUUUGCCUGGCAUCCCGAAGGGAAGUGCAAGACAGUUGUUUCAGCGACUGCAAGGGCCAAUGGAGGAAGAUACCCUGAAGUCCCAUUUUGAGAAGAUUUGUUUGAUUGGGAAGAAGUUACACUAUAGAAAGUCACAGAAUGAUGGUCGGGAUCCCAAGCAGAUAGUACCAGUUCACAAUUCACAAGUCAUGGCUCUUUCUCAAGUAUUCCCUAAUAAUCUGAAUGGAGGUGUUCUAACGCCCCUUGAUCUCUGUGAUGCGUCAACUUCAGGUCAAGAUUUAUUUUCACUUGAAAAUCCAGGUUCGCAUCUGGGUCUUCCAAUGUUGAAUCAAGGGACGCCAGUGCUACCUACUUCUGGACCAAACCCAUCCACUCCUGGAUCAUCUGGUGUGGUUCCCGGCAACAGUUUACCAACCACACUUGGUUUGCACCAUUCUUCUGCAAGGGAUGGUAGAUUCAACGUUUCCAGAGGGCCUUUGCCACUUGAUGAACAACAUCGACUCCAACAGUCUAAUCAGAUGUCACCCAGUAGAAACCUGCAGCAGCCUUCUUCAUCAACUCCUGGAGCUAUCUCAGGAUCUGGACACCGCAUGGUUCCUGGUGCAAACACCAUGGGUGUAAGUGGACUGAACAGAGGAGCACCCAUGUCGAGGCCUGGUUUUCAAGCAAUUGGCUCAGCAGCAAUGCCAAAUACUGGUAGCAUGCUGUCAUCUGGUAUGGUGGGAAUUCCAAAAACUGGUAAUAUUCACUCUGGAGGAGGAGCUUCUCAAGGAAACCCCAUGUCUAGGCCGCCUCGUGAAGCUGUUCAGCAUAUGAUGCGGUUUCAGAUGCAGGCUGCUCAAGGGAACAGCCAGGGGAUCCCAGCUUUCGGUAGUUUGAGUUCUGGAUUUACCAACAACCAGACAACUCCUGUUCCGGCGUACCCAGGCCAUCUUUCUCAGCAGCAUCAGAUGCCACAUCAGUCGCAUGUGCUUGGCAAUUCGCAGCAUCCUCAUCUCCAGAGCCCAAGCCCAAGUCAUGCCACUAGGGCACAGCAGGACGGAUUUGCUCUCCGUCAAAGGCUAAUGCACCAGAGGUUUGUGCAGCAGCAGCAGCAGUUUGCAUCAUCCGGCACUAUGAUGCCACAUGGACAACAACAACAACAACCUCAGGGGACUUCUGUUUCUUCUUCGACACAAAACAAUCAACAGACUCAACCACCCGUUUCGCCCCAGCCAUUACCGCCCCCAGUGUCGACCUCUCCUAAUACUAAUGCUUUGACACAACAAAACCCUCAAAAAUCUCAGUUACCGCUUCAUGGCCUGGCUAGGAAUCCUCAGUCUGGUGCUCCUGGAGUAAACAAUCAAUUUGGAAAACAACGGCAGAGACAACUCCAGCAGCAGUCUGGAAGACAACACCCACACCAGCGGCAGCCAUCACAAGGUCAACAGCAGAAUAAACAAUCCAAGGGGGCGGGUAGAGGAAACAUGGUUCAUCAGAACAUUACUCUUGAUCAGUCACACUUGAAUGGUCUCACCAUGUCCCCCGGAAAUCAGGCUACCGAAAAAGGAGAGGCAAUGGUUGCAGUUAGGCCUGAUAGGGAGUCUAAUGUGGGGACUGCCACGAGCACGCAUCUUCCGUCUAAACCUUUUGUUUCACCAGAGUCCUCAAAUCAUUCACAGCAAUUGCCGAAAUCAUUUUCUGGAGCUACAUCUUCGUCUCAAGAACAACAGAUACAGUUACCUUCAGACAAUAGGAUCCAAGGCCAGAGCUCACCUGCGGCCUCAUGCAACAUCUUGUCCACCUCUAGCCCCUCAGUUGGACCUUCCAACCCUCAGCAUUUGUUGCUACACCAAAAGCAGCGUAAUCAAGUGCAAGCUCAGCGAAUUGCUCAUCAGAAUCAUAUGGAGAACUCUGAUUUAUCGAGAAAGUCCCAAGCUGAACGUGUGCCACGCGUUCAGCAGUCUGUCCCCAAUACCACACAAACAGCUAGUAUGAGUACGAGCAAGGGUAUGCCUCAAGUGACUAAUGAUUCGAACAACAUAAAAGCAGUUGGUUCUACUGUUGUGCCUUCUCCAAAUGGAUUGGAACCUCCAGCUAGUGCCGCCUCUGUGCAAAGCGCUGCUCCUAAUGUAGUAAACAGUUCUAAUACAGACUCAGCUGGUAGUGAUCCAGUAACAACACUGAAGCAAGGACUGGCACCUAAGCAUUUCCCUGGGGGCUUGCCUUGUCAGGAGCUCAAGGGCCCGAUAGAGAGACAAGAAACUCUACCAACAGUAGAAAAGAGACCAAAGUUGCCAGAGCAGCUGACUGUACAAAAUCAGAAACGUCUUGCUUCUGAUCAGCAGUCUCCACAAAUAGAAGAAGCACAAGAACUAUCAUCUCCCAAGCCUCCCGAUACAAAAGUGGAGUGAGAGGCACGACAGAUGAAACCUAGAACCUCGAUAGCUGUAGAUCCUGCAAAGGGUGAUGCUUGCCCUUACCGACAACCCUGUACAGGUACAAAAACUGGUUUGUACGGAGUCAGGGUCCUCACUGGCAUUAAACAUCAUCAAGUUGGCGGUCUUUAGAUUUUGCUGAUUGGUUUGGUCCAAGCAAAGUAAAUUAUAAACUCUGCAGAUGGAGUUUUUAGAUUUGAUGAGGGGAGAGGAAGAUAAAUGGGGGAAAGAAGGUGGAUAGAUAGAUUGAUGAUGGUCCCUUUUUAUAUCUUUUUUUUUUCACAAGAGAGAAAGGUGUAUUUGAUGUAAAUUACCACUGCAUCAUAGAGAGGUCACUUUCUUCGUCUUGGUUCUUCCCAUCUUUAGGUUUGGGAGAGUGGAAACAGUUUAUAAUGUUUUGUAUAGAAGUCUGCUCUUCCACCCGCUAUUUCCUCUUGUUUGUCCCCUUCUAAUUUCUACUCUUGUGGGUUUAGGUUAGUUUAAUUUGAAUGUAUUAUUGUUUUUCUCCUUGUGGUUAUAAAUGAGAAUCACAAAAUGACUAUA